CGCAAGACAGUGCAGGGAGAAGACACAGCUACAGACGUAUAUUAGAGUUGAGGUUGGAAGUAGAAGUGACUGUAUUUGAGCACAAUUUUAAGAUGUCAGAAGGAGUCUAUGAAAACACAGAUGGAUUUGAAGACAACAAAUCUAAUGCAAUGAAGAACACAGACAUCGAUGGCCAAUUAUAUGGCAACGUAAGAGCCUUCAAACCCAGUCCAAGAGAUGGAGUUGUUGCUUCAGAUAGGAACAAGAAAGUCAACUUGGACAGAGGUGAGAUGGAGGAGAGGAUUGUGGAUAUCUACGUCAGUGCAGACACCCUGAGAGACGAGCCUGAUAGCUCAGGGAAGAGACCCUUCCUAGUUGCUGCAGUGUUUCUGGGGCUGCUGUGUGUUCUCCUACUGGCUGGGAUCAUAGGCCUGUCUGUCUACUAUAACAGAGCCAUCAACGAUUCUGAGGAUAAAAGGAACAACUUGUCACAGAGUUUCUCACUUUAUAAAAUCAACGCAACUGCAGAGAGAGACCAGCUACAGACCAGAUACAACAGCCUGACUGAAGAGAAAGGCCAUAUUCAAGCCAAGCUUUUAGUGAUAGAGCAGCAUUGUCAGGAGGGAUGGAGAUAUUCUGACUCCAGUUUGUACUUCCUGUCUACUGAGAAGAAAACCUGGGAGGAGAGCAGACAGGAUUGUCUGGAGAGAGGAGCAGACCUGGUGAUCAUAAACAGCAGAGAGGAACAGACAUUUGUCUUCAACCUCCACCUGAGAGCCUGGAUUGGUCUAAAAGACUCUGUUACUGAGGGGACCUGGAAGUGGGUGGACGGCACAUCACUGACCACAGGGUACUGGGCGGCAGAACAGCCUGAUGAUUAUGAAAGGCAAGAGGACUGUGCUGAGAUAUACUAUGGACAAGAUGAUCCUGUAAAGACAUGGAAUGAUGACAAAUGUGGCACAAAUCAUAACUGGAUCUGUGAGAAAGUGGUGUAACAAUAACACAGUAACAAACAGUCUCUCUCGCUCUGUUAUUGUUAUUAUUAUGUUGAUGGUUGAAUACAGUACUUAAUGGUUAAGUGAUGAUUCCACCUGGUGGUUAAGGUGAGAGAUGAACUCACCAUAGAGGAGAAAACGUUGUAUUACAGAGUUGCCUACGGGCUCUUUUUCAAUUAGACCUUCCCCAAUUCCUCCUCACAUCCUCUCUCUUUGACUCCUUCUCCAAACACAUUGGAGAAUAGAAUCCUAGGGGGGGACCUUGGACCUUCUCCUCUAAUAGUGUUGAGAUAGAAGGAGAGGAGAUAGGAGAGGAAUCUAGGAAAGACUAUUUGAGAUAGAGCCUUAGUGUCAGAGAGAGACAUAGAGGUGGAAGAAGAAAAUUAAGAGAAUGAGGAAGAGAAAACAAUUAUUCUUGUUUAGAUUUAGAGGAGAGUAUGUAGACAUAUUGUACUCUGUAAAAUUCUUCUUCAUUAUUUUUUAUUUAUUUAUGUCAUGUGAUUUGCCAUAGGCUUAUGCUUAGUGAAAAAAAGUGUGUCCAAUUAUUAACCCUCAAUCAAUCAAAUGUAUUUAUAAAGCCCUUCUUACAUCAGCUGAUGUCACAAAGUGCUGUACAGAAACCCAGCCUAAAUCCACAAACAGCAAGCAAUGCAGGUGUAGAAGCACAGUGGCUAGGAAAAACUUCCUUGAAAGCCCAAAACCUAGGAAGAAACCUUAGAGAGGAACCAGGCUAUGAGGGGUGACCAGUCCUCUUCUGGUUGUGCCGGGUGGAGUUUAUAACAGAACAUGGCCAAGAUGUUCAAAUGUUCAUAGAUGACCAGCAGGGUCAAAUAAUAAUAAUCACAGUGGUUGUAGAGGGUGCAACAGGUCAGCACCUCAGGAGUAAAUGUCAGUUGAUUUUCAUAGCCGAUCAUUCAGAGUAGUAUCUCUACCACUCCUGCUGUCUCUAGAGAGUUGAAAACAGCAGGUCAGGGACAGGUAGCACGUCCGGUGAACAGGUCAGGGUUCCAUAGCCGCAGGCGGAACAGUUGAAACUGGAGCAGCAGCACAGCAUCAUGCCAGGUAGUCCUGAGGCAUGGUCCUAGGGCUCAGGUCCUCCAAGAGAGAAAGAAAGAGAGAGAGAGAGAAUUAGAGAGAGCAUACUUCAAGUUCUAGUUUACAAUUGCGACCUGGCCAAGAUAAAGCAAAGCAGUUCGACACAUACAACAACACAGAGUUACACAUGGAGUAAAACAAACAUACAGUCAAUAAUACAGUAUAAACAUCGACGUGUGUAUAGGUGGCAGGGAAGUCAGGCACAGGAUAAUCAAACUUGUUAUAAUGGAGUAGUUUAAUAACUUAAGAAGACAGUUUCAAAACCAUAAUACAUAAUCAAAGCAAAGUAGAUACGAGGACCCGACGUGCACCAAUACAAAUUACAAGAUCAUGAACAAACAAGUACAUGAGGGGAAACAGAGGGUUAAAUAACCAACCGGAUAAUGAAUGGGAUUGGAACCAGGUGUGUAAGAAGACAAGACAAAACCAAUGGAAAAUGAAAAAUGGAUCAAUGAUGGCUAGAAGACCGGUGACGUCGACUGCCGAGCACCGCCCAAACAAGGAGAGGCAUCGAUUUCGGCACAAGUCGUGACAGCCGAGUAUAGCCCACGAAGAUCUCCCCCACGGCACAACCCAAGGGAGGGAGCGCCAACCCGGACAGGAAUAUCACGUCAGUGACUCAACCCACUCAAGUGACGCACCCCUCCUGGGGAUGGCAUGGAAGAGCACCAGUAAGCCAGUGACUCAGCCCCUGUAAUAGGGUUUGAGGCAGAGAAUCCCAGUGGAGAGAGGAAACCGGCCAGGCAGAGACAGCAAGUGCGGUUCGUUGCUCCAGUGCCUUUCCUUUCCCCUUCACACGCCUGGGCCAGACUCCACUCAAUCAUAGGACCUACUGAAGAGAUGGGUCUUCAAUAAAGACUUACAGGUUGAGACCGAGUCUGCAUCUCUCACAUGGAUAGGCAGACCAUUCCAUAAAAAUUGAGCUCUAUUGGAGAAAGCCCUUCCUCCAGAGAAAGCCCAUGUACUGCUUUGUAGGUUAGCAGUAAAACCUUGAAAUCAUCCCUAGCCUUAACAGGAAGCCAGUGUAGAGAGAAUAGCACUGGAUUUUAGGCAAUAUUACGUAGAAUGAAAAAAGCUAUCCUUGAAACAGUCUUGAUUUGUUCAUCAAAAGAGAGAUCAGGGUCCAGAGUAAUGCCGAGGUCCUUCACAGUUUUAUUUGAGACAACUGUACAACCAUCAAGAUUAAUUGUCAGAUCCAACAGAAGAUCUCUUUGUUUCUUGGGACCUAGAACUAGCAUCUCUGUUUUGUCCGAGUUUAAAAGUAAAACAUUUGCCGCCAUCCACUUCCUUAUGUCUGAAAGACAGGCUUCCAGGGAGGGCAAUUUUGGGGCUUCACCAUGUUUCAUUGAAAUGUACAGCUGUGUGUCAUCCGCUUGGCAGUGAAAGUUAACAUCUGUCACGACUCUGUCACGACUUCCGUCCCUCUCCUUGUUUGUGCGGCGUUCGGCAGUCGACGUCACCGGCCUUCUAGCCAUCGCCGAUCUACUUGUCAUUUUCCAUUUGUUUUGUCUUUGUCUUACACACCCGCUUUCAAUCCCCCAAUUACUUGUUCAUUUUUUAACCCUCUGUUCCCCCAUGUUUGUUUGUGAGUGAUUGUUUAUUUGUAAUACAGUCUGUUAUUGUGGGCUAGUAUUAUUGUGUUGUAUUUGUGGAUAUACUUGAGUAAAUUACGUUUAU